AUGGUCAGCACCAAAUCAAAGGAGCAGGGAACAGAACAAGAAGAGGAAGGUCUGUUGAGCAGGAACUCAGCGGACACCCAAUUGAAGGCGAACGACGAUGGUCGGGCGGAAUCUCAAUACACCCCCAAGUCAUCUGGCAGCAAGAUCCAACAAGUUACUGGCAAGUAUAACGCACUUGCUCAGGUCCCACCCCUCACUUCCAAUCCUCGUCCCGCCUCUACAAGUCUAAGCCCCUCCCAGCCAUGCUCUCCCUUGACUACCUACAAUCAAAUGAUCGAUCAAUGGGUCGAUGCCCAAGCGGCAUACACGGGCACUUGGCGAUCUCGCUAUCCGGUCAUGUACGCCAUCCUGACUGUAUACUGCAUCAUUCCUGAGGUCGUGUCGUUGGCCUGCCAUAAUGGUUGGAUGUGGGGUAUUUUCAUCGUGUGGAUCUGUCUCACCCUCAUACCUGGGACACUCUACUUUGUCUCAAAAGCAGCAGCAUUGAAGAAUGUCGAGCUUGUUGGGAAACAAAUGAGAUUACUGCUUGCUGCUAAUGUCGAGUACCAUGAUCUCUCGAUCCUCAACUUCCUUGAUGAUGAUACUAUCCAUCCUCCCCCGUUUUCCCCGAUACCUCCGUCAAUUCUCAUCUUUGCCCACGAUUGGUAUUCAAAAGAAUCUGCAAAUUUUUGGGCAGCGUACUUUUUCUUCUGUGGGUACCUUAUGUGCCUCUUCCUUGGUUCGGUUGACAUACUCGACGAUCUCGACGAAAGUGGUGGACUCGGCUGGGCCAUUUGUGGGGUGCAUCUCAUCCUGAUAACUCUCCUCUGGACUUACGCCGCCUACGACCCAUACAGCCAUCUGCGUGGCAAAGUAGAUGGGCAAGGUGCCAAACGGCGAUGGGCAUGGCACAAAAAACACUUUCAUUCGUGGGGCAUCAAGGCCGUCCAAGAUGUCUUGAAACCAGACGAUAUAUCUGAGCUCAAAGAAGCUGCCCAGCUCCCCCAGACAAACAACACCCCGGCCAGAUACACCAUUCCUCGUGUUGUUACAGUACCGGCGCCUGCAAAUGCUUCUACACUCUCCACCAAUGCACUACUCCAAGAGCUGCAGCGGAGGGCGAAUGGUGACAAUUUGCUCGAGGAACUUCAGCAGAGGAUGAGUGCAGGCGAUGCGGCUCGGGCGGCGUAUGUGGCUCUGCUCGGUCCUAGACGCGAAGUCGACCCUCCUUCUUAUGUUUGA